GUAGUCAGCUGUUAUUUAUUUUAAUUGACAUGAAUUUCAAUUUACAUUUUUAAAGGAAAUUUAAUUUUAAAAUAUCAUUAAUUAUGUACUUAACACCAAUAUUAGACGAGCAAAAAGAUGCAGAAGAAGUGGACUAUAAAAAUAUUAAAACGUUAAAUCUGAAGGUCCUUCAAUGCAUUCUAAAACGAUGUGUAGCUUUAGGAAAUUUUAACGAGUUGAUUGUGAUCAUUAUUCGAGUUUUCAGUUCUUCCAAAAAUUUAUCACAAAGCUUUUUAAAAGAUUUUAGUGUUAAUUAUGAGGAGUUGUCCAAAUCCAUAAAAUCUCAUUUAUUAACUUCAUCAAAUCUCUCAGACGAAACAUUCGAUAUUUUUAAAAAAUCAACAUUAGAAUCUGAUGACAUAUUUAAACCAACAUCAUCCUAUAAAUAUGAAGACAACCCUUCUAUUGAUACUAAUUACGAUUCUCUACCAACAGAAAAAUUCAAUCCUAAUAAUAUUAACAGUAGCCUAUUAACCCCUGACUCGAAUAUACCAAAUAAUAAAUUGGAUAAUUUCCAAUUACCCUUGAUCGAUAACAUAACACUUUCUACACAAAAAAAUAAUAACUCUCCAACAACCCACCAUGAAAUUAACGAAAUUAGUAUUAACCAAUCACCCAUAAUCGAUAACUAUAAUCAAUUAUUAUCAGAAUAUAACUCCCAAAUCAAUCAAAUUAAAGUCCAGAACAAUCGAGAUGGUUAUUACAAAGAAAUGUCAGCCAUUUUGCGCCGUGAUGACCCUUUGCUGAUCCGUUCCUUGAUCUUGGAUCUAGACAACGAAGUAUGGCCUUGCCUAUCUCUUCUCUUCUCCCCUGUGGCUAGACGCAAUUUUAAUUUCCCUAAAAGCGUACUUACUUCAUUAAGUGGUGCCUUAAAUGCUUUGUCCUUUGCACUCCAAUUUGAAAGUAAUGCCGAUAAUUUCUUAUCAAAGUCAGAUUGGUCAGUUCAUAGGCAAGACGAUAUAGGUGGGCAACUGGUUCGAAAAAAUGAUUGGCGUGGUUAUGGCGAAUUUUCUGUCGGAUGUGGUAAUGUUUUUGUACUUGUUUUUGCUCUCUUGCCAAUUAUCUUGGGACAAGAUGCAGUAACUAAUUUCGAGGACUCUAGUGAUACACCCCUCAUUGAUUACAAAAGCAUUGAAAAUUCUUCACUUUUUACCGACGCUCUUCCACAAUUUUGUCGAGCCGUUGCUAAUUUACCAUUAUCUCUUAAAGCCAGAUUGACAGGCAUUUUUGCGUCGGUUUUCAACUUUGAGGACAUGUCCAUCAUAGUCAGCGCUUUGCAGACCAUCAUAGAUAUCAAAAUCGAUAAAGAAAAUUACCAAGGCAAGCGUUAUGUCAAUGAUGACAAGAUCGUUAAAAAUGUCGUGGGAGUUUUGGAGAUUUUCCACUGCGCCUCGUUACUGGUCGGUCAUGUGACCGUUACCCAUUACACUUGCGUCAAAAAGGUAGUGCAAGAAAAGGCCGACAACCAAUCCGGGGAUUUGACAGGAAAGGAGAUGAAACACAUUAAUAACACCUCCAGGAACGCCCAUUUGAUAAGUAUGAUUUGGAAGGAUCUGAGUUCUCCCAUCCAAAGUCGUUCUAAUAAGCUCGAGGCUAGACUAUCUAAAACGUAUCCCAAUUUUAGCAUUUCCACGGUCAAAAAUGGCUUGCUCAAACCUGAGGCUUUCGUUAAUUCGCACCUUGAACGCGUACUCAUCAUAGAAAGGGACUACUUAGAUUUUCGUUUCCCCAAAAAUAGCGAACAAUUUUGUUUUCUCCACCAUCCCUAUCUCUUGUCCACCAAUUUCAAGCAAAAAGCCUUACACUUGGACAACAGAAUACGUAUGUACGAUGAACGAAGGGUAGUUUAUCUACAGAAUUUGUUACAAGGGUUUUCUUAUACACCUCCCUAUCUCAAAUUCAAAGUCAGGCGUACCCAUUUGAUUCAAGAUUCAUUGUCUAACCUUGAGAUUAUAGUCGAAGAAAAUCCAGAACACUUGAAAAAACAACUGAUUGUGGAAUUCGAAGAUGAAACAGGUCACGAUCAAGGAGGUCUUUCGAAAGAAUUUUUCCAAUUAAUCAUCGAACAAAUAUUCAACCAAGAUUACGGUAUGUUUGUCUAUGAGCAAGGAUCACAAUGCUUUUGGUUCAAUUCGCAGCCCUUUGAAAACUGGAGCGAAUAUUAUUUGAUAGGUACCAUUAUCGGUUUAGCUAUUUACAACGGGAUCAUAUUGGACAUAAAAUUUCCACCCGUUCUUUACAGCAAAUUAUACGGAAAUCCAGGGACUUUAGAAGACCUUCAACAAAUUUAUCCCGAAUUAUAUCAAGGGCUGUGUCGUUUGUUAGAACACGAAGGAGACAUAGUCGAAGACAUAUUCGGAACUAAUUUUAAGAUUUGCGUCAAGGACAUGUAUGGCAACAUGGUGGAACAUAUGCUUAAACCUAACGGGGAUACCAUUACAGUAGACAAUGAAAAUAGAGAAGAAUACGCGGCCUUAUACGCUCAUUACCUGCUAAACACAUGCGUGGAAGAACAAUUCUCAGCUUUUAAAAGGGGCUUCGAUUUGGUGAUUGAUUCUAAAUCGCCACUCUACAGACUUUUCACUCCAUCCGAACUAGAAUUACUUAUCUGCGGAGAUACUGUUUACGAUUUCAAUGAUCUGGAAAAAGCCACAACCUAUGAGGGAGGCUACACGAGGGAAACUCCGGUUAUCGAAUAUUUUUGGAACACGGUUCAUGGUAUGGAUACCAACCAAAAAUGUUCCUUGCUAAAAUUUGCCACUGGCAGUGAUAGGGUUCCCUUGGGAGGACUUGCUAACCUUAAAUUGAUCAUAUCAAGGCAAGGACCCGACUCUGAUAGACUUCCCACCGCUCAUACGUGCUUCAACUAUUUCUUACUACCAGAGUACGAUUCCGAGAAAAAAUUAAAAGAUCGAAUUUUGAAAGCCCUUAACCACGCCAAAGGUUUUGGACUCAUAUAAGGAAAUGUAAGGGGAAAAAACGAAUCAACUCUUAUAUUUUAUAUAGCCUCGCUGAAAUUAAUAAUAUUUUUUCGCGCCUUCGCCUUUUAAGUUUUUUUUAAAAAAAUUAUUUCUUUUUAAGAUCUCGUCUAUUCAAUUGGUAAAAAAAUAAAUAGAUAUUUUUUUUAAACCUAAAUAACGCGGGACCAUCUAACAAAUACGGUUUAUUUUUUUAAA